CGUCUCCUCCUCGCGAACAUGGCGGCGCCUGCGCUCUCCAGCCGGGCUAGUUCAGCUGGCAGCAGCCCCACCGCCACCCCGAGCAGCACCAAACACGUCCCGCAGGCCCCCGAGCUGGACUUCAGGUCCGGAGCCCGGAUAGAGGAGCUCAACCGGCUGAUCGCCGAGUUCAGCAAGCACGAGCAGCGCGAGUAUGACGACCAGCGCGCGCUCGAGAUCCACACGGCCAAGGACUUCAUCUUCUCCAUGCUUGGCAUGGUGCAGAAGUUGGACCAGAAGCUCCCGGUUGCCAAUGAGUACCUGCUGUUGUCCGGCGGGGUACGGGAAGGUGUGAUUGAUAUGGAUCUGGACGAGUUGACCGUAUUUGCGCGGGGAGCCGAUUACGACAUGGACUUCACGUUACUGGUUCCCGCGCUCAAACUCCACGACAGAAACCAGCCGGUCACGCUAGACAUGCGUCAGUCGGCGCUCUGCCACUCCUGGCUCAGCCUGCGUCUGUUUGACGAGGGAACCAUCAACAAGUGGAAGGACUGUUGCACGGUUGUAGACCAUGUUAACGGUGCCACCAAUUACUUUUUCUCACCCACGCUGGUGGCCGACUGGUUCUACGAAUCCAUUAGUAUGGUGCUGGCGGAGAUUCAGAAGAAGCCUCAGCGCGGCGUCCCACGGGUUGAAAAGGUCGAGCGCAAUGCAACCAUCAUCUCCAUCAUUUUGGGCGUCGGAGGCAGUCGGAUGCUGUACGAUGUGGUUCCAGUAGUCUCGUUCAAAGGAUGGCCAGCGGUUGCCCAAAGCUGGCUAAUGGAAAACCAUUUUUGGGAUGGGAAAAUCACGGAGGAGGAAGUGAUUAGUGGGUUUUAUUUGCUGCCUGCGUGCUCUUCUACAGGCCAGAAGGAAAACGAAUGGCGCUUGUCGUUUGCGCGCAGCGAGGUGCAGCUGAAGAAGUGCAUCUCUGCGAGUCUCAUGCAGGCGUACCAGGCUUGUAAAGCUCUGAUUAUUAAGCUUCUCUCUCGACCCAAAGCCAUCAGUCCGUAUCAUCUGCGCUCGCUCAUGCUUUGGGCCUGCGACCGCCUGCCGCAUACGUAUUUGGCGCAGGAAGAUUACGCCGCGCACUUUUUGCUUGGGUUGAUCGAUGACUUGCAGCACUGCUUGGUGAAUAAAACCUGCCCGAAUUACUUUAUCCCGCAAUGCAACAUGCUAGAGCACCUCAGCGAUGACACGGCCAUGCUUCAUGCGCGCAAGUUGUCGUCUGUUCGCUCCGACCCAGCAGAACACCUGCGAAGUGCAAUAGAGCACGCUAAAGCCGCGUCGCGACUCACGAUGGAGCUCCAGUGGCGCGGAGGAAGCUCAAACCUGUCGUCUCCUCUGUUAGAAACCGGAUCCGAUCAGCAACCAGACGACCGACUCGCGAAGAAACUCCAGCAGCUGGUCACGGAGAAUCCUGGGAAGUCCAUUUCAGUCUUCAUCAACCCAGAUGAUGUCACGCGACCUCACUUUCGCAUCGAUGACAAAUUCUUCUGAAGCCACGCCCACUGAUCUGAUUGGGUGCUUCAUGCAGAUGACCUCACAUUUCUACUGAUGACCAAUUAUUCUGAAGCCACGCCCACUGAUCUGAUUGGGUGCUUCCUGCAGAUGACCUCACAUUUCAAUUGAUAACAAAUUAUUCUGAAGCCACACCUUCUGCUCUAAUUGGGUGCUGACUGGGGAUAAGCUCAAUUUUACAUCAUGAUACAUUUUUCUGAAACCACGCCCCCUGAUCUGAUUGGUUGGUGCCUGCAGGCGACCUCAUGUGAAUUAAUUUUUGCAUCGAUCCUUUUAUUCUGAAGCCACGCCCCUUGAUCUGAUUGGGUGCAUACUGGGGACGAGCUCACUUUCGCAUUGAUGACAAAUUCUUCUGAAGCCAUGCUCUCUGAUCUGAUUGGCGCUGAAUUUUUUUUUUUAAGAGUCCCAGAAGCAGUAAGCCUUGUGUUUUGCACAGCGCUGGAGAUGUUAAACGCUUCAGGCUCUGAAUAUGAUGUUAAAAAUGGACAUGAUCUUGUUUCACUGCUGCCAGUUUGAAGUUGUUCAUAUUUGUUCCUCCCCAUUACGGAUGCUCGGCCUUUACGGGAAAGAUAGAGAGAGAGCAGGAGAUUUCUGAAAGGAUGUGGGGGGAGGACGGUUUGUGCAUGGCUCACGUGGAUAACAGGAAACCCAUAACUCCACUCAGAAGUGCAAUUAGACAAAAUGUGUUUAUACGCUUUACUUGUAAGUACACUGUAACAUGAUACUGUAAACAAGCUGUUUAAGACACCGUCGUUUCACAAACACACUUACAGAAGAACUUAAUUCUCACAAACUGCACAUUACAAACACACUCCCUGUGACUAUAGAGGUUUUGUUUCAUUUUAGGUGAAUCUCAUGUAAACAUUUCCGUAUAUCAUUCUACCCCCCCUAAAAUGCUAUGAGUAAUUGUUGCAUUAAAAAAAAGCCUCUUUUAGAACUAGUUUUCGUUAUGACAAAAAAAAAAUCAUGACAUUUAAACACAUUUUAACCCUAAAUGGACCAUUUUAAUGGAGUUUUAGCAAAUAAAAAAUCACUAAUUCAAAAUCAUAAAAAAAUGAAUAAGCCUAAAUUAAAUAUACACAUCGUAUAUCAAUUAAUAUUGCUGUUUAAAUUACCUUAAAUAUAUUUUAUUGCAUUGCAUUUAAUGAGAAUUGCAAGAUAUAAAAAGCUUGUCAUGAAAAAUCUUUAUCCUAAAAUAUGCUUUUAAAUUGCUUUCAUGAGAUUCACCUCUUGGAAAGAACAAUUCUAAACACAAAACUUAAUUUGUGUUUAUAUAUAUAUAUAUAUAUAUAUAUAUAUAUAUAUAUAUAUAUAUAUAUAUAUAUAUAUAUAAUAAUAAUAUGCGCUGCUAAAUAUGAUCGGUGCAUUGAAUCAUUUGUUUUUGUAAUAAUUUGUGUAUUUUGGUCAAUAUAUGAUGUGCUUUGUAACUGUACAUACUGCUGUAAUUAGCCCCGCCCACUUCUCCCAGUUAGACCAAUCAGCCUCCGCCAAUUACGUGAUGUGGUCUCAUCUAAUUACUGACACAUGCAUAUAUUUGCAUGUUAUUGGUAGGAGGGAAGGAUCAGAACAGACCAAACAUGAAUCUUUAAGUUCUACAGGGACCAAUCGUAAUGCCUUAUCACAGAAAAUAAACCAGUGGGAUGUUUUUAUUCAGAUUAAGGGGAUCCUAAAGACCCUUUAAUAGCCUCACCAUGCGUUCCUCCUUAUUAUCUAAUUCAGGACAUAUCAGAACUAAACCGAACAUUGAUUUAUUUGAACUGUUGUCAUUAGGCUAAUGUCCAUGAGGAUUGUGUGUACAUGUUGUUAUUAUUAUGCUUGAUAAAUAUCUAACAUGCCAGUAGGCUUAUGGACACCUCAGCAAAAUAACAUAUCUGCUCUGGAUCAGUGUUGUAUUGCAUUUUAAACUUGUGUUUGGUAAAUAAAGCUGUACAGAAGUG